GACAGCGCAGAGCUAACAUUACGGUGCUGUUGGCCCGCUGCGAGCAACCGCUUUUAAUAAACAAGAACGCGGCGGCGCUUGUGAACGUAGCUUGGAUGGUCGCGGGAAACUGGCAUAUGUUUGCGAAAACUCUGUGCAAAAUAAUUCUGAAAUUAAGCUCUUCGGAGUAACAACAGCAGGUUAUGGAAGAGUUUGUGGUUCGGGGACAGAAUAAACGCUCCCCAGCUAAUGAUGCAAGAAGUCCUCGGAAGAAGCUCAAACUGGAGAGCGAUGAGAGCAUGAAGCAGGAGGAAGAGGAAGAGGAAGAGGAGGACGACGAGUUCUCUCAUCCUGUUCCCUGGCAGAAAAUAGAGGCCGAAGGACUGGACUGCGAUUACGCUCUGCUGUUCUCCAAAGAGGAGGCAGACCAUCUUCUUAAACAGCUGGAGGAGGAGGUGGUGUACUCAACAGGGGAAGAAGCAAAAGUUCAGAUAUUUGGAAAAGUGUACGAUAUACCGAGAAAGCAGGCGACGUACGGAGAUGCAGGUCUGACCUACACUUAUUCUGGGGUGGCGCGUUUGGCCUGCCCGUGGACUCCCACCUUGGAAUAUAUCCGGGAUGCUGUCACAAAAGCGACCGGACAAACAUUUAACUUUGUCCUGGUCAACAGGUACAAAGAUGGACGGGAUCACAUGGGGGAGCAUCGUGACGACGAGAAGGAGCUGGACCCCCUCUGUCCCAUCGCCUCCGUCUCGCUGGGAGCGCCACGAGACUUUGUCUUCCGGCACAGAGACGCUCGGGGUAAACGGACCCGCCGGCAGAUCGAACCCGUGAAGCUGGAGCUCGCCCACGGGAGCCUGCUCCUCAUGAACUCGCCAACGAACACCUUCUGGUACCACGGCCUCCCCGUCCGCAAGAAGAUAUCCCUGCCUCGCGUCAACCUCACCUUCAGACGCAUCCUGCUGGACCGAAAGAAACGACCGAGUGUGGAUUCUCAACAAGGAACGUCUGACUUGGGAAAAAUAUCACAAAUGCAAAAAGCAGCAGAAGCAGAGUGACAAAAUGGCCGUCGACUGGGACUCUGAGCACGUUUUAUAGUCUCACUGAUCUCAAGUUCAAACCACAACUUCAGCUACUUUCUGCAACUUUUACCAGGUUAAGUUUUAUAAAGCUGGCUGGCAAAGUUUCUGAAGAAAAAGGAUCAAUAAAAUCAACACUGAACAAUUCAGUGGAGCUAAAGAUGCUCCAACACCAUUUGUUCCUUCCCGAUACCUGAACUUUAUGUAUCGGCCGAUAGGGAGUACCAAUGAGCCUGUCGGAGUCAGGGUAGGGUGGGUCAUGACUUUGCUAUCCUUG